AUGGGGCACACAUGCUCAAAGACGGCGAAUGCGGCAGCGUUGGAACAACGACGGAUCGACCGAGAGAGGCGUCUUGGUCUUGUAUCAGUAUCUAAGCCAAAUCAAAAAUGUCGGUUUUCGUCAGAACCACGAGAAAAUCUGAGCCUGAAUAUGAGCCAAAAACAUGCUCCUAUUGGGCAAAAAACUGCUCCCUUAUUGGGUACCAAGCCUGUGGCAUCGCAUAUGCAGCUUUAUCGAGGUUUUGAUAGUAACAAACCUCCAGUUACUCGUACAUUACAAAAUGUUGCUGCACGUUCGAACCCUCAAUUAAUGCCUUUAGGUUCAAAUAUGCGUUCGCCUACACCAUCGUCAAUGUAUUCGCCAACAAGAGCCAAUCGUCAGCCGAUCAGCAGCAUGGGAAAAACGGCAUCUAAAAGAUUUGAUUGGGCGAAACAACGCGAGAAUGUACAAAGGAACCGUAGCGUUAGGAUGCAUCAAGCUGCUAUGAAGGAGGAUGCAAAGGUUAUUAUCACGUCAACUAUAAAACCUAUAGUGAGAUUGGCCUUGAAUCUACUAUGUGCAGAAGAGAUACAGUGCCGGGCAGAAAUUUCAACUGAGGCGAUGACAAAAUUUAAGAGUUUGGAAGACAAAAUUGCCUCUAUUAUUGAUUUAGAGGCCAUUCGCUUGUCAGGAUUGGAACUUCUCGAAUUGAAAUAUAAAUCACGUGAAGCUGUUGUUGAACAGGAAGUGGGGGAACGGCGCCUGUUGCGUUUUUGGAUGAAACAAACCCUCGAAGAGGAUAGAUUAAAAGAUCUUAUCGAUGCGACACAGAGGCGUCAUAACGCUUCCGUGUCUUCUUUUUCUUCUUUAAAUCCUGGAUCCAGAGUUUCCGCGUCGCAUGGUCGACCAAGCGCGCAGGCAAUCGAAAUGCGGCGAAAGUCACCUGUGGAGCAUACUGUCUAUCGCGACCGUGAAAGUAAAGACGCAACAACGGGAAAAUUGCCACUCAAGAAAGCGCUUAAUGAUUUAACGCCCGAUUUUCGGCGUGCUACUUCCAUUGAAGAAGACAUACAAAGUGACGAACUUAACCGAAAAAUAGGACGACAAAUGUGUUUGAUGCGUCAGACUAUCCCUUCAUAUUCACCCAAAAGUAUUUAUCUCGUGCCUGAUGCAUCUUCUAAUAAUCUUUAUUUGGGUAAAGAGUGUCCCGAAUCAGAAUUUCGUUCAUCAGAACAAAUUUCGCCGCGCCUGUGGUCAAAACUUCCGGAGGUGGAGCGCUCUGUAUCAUCUUAUAGAUCUACCUUUAUGGACCCAUUCAAGACUCCUCGAGGCAGAACACCUGUAGAAUUAAAAAAUGAGAGUGAUUUGGCGAUGAAGAAGAGACUUGCAGCCCUUCUGAUGGUGUAG